AUGUAUUCGACGGAAUGGCAAAAGCGAGGUCUUCCGCAUAUUCAUAUACUUUUAUGGCUUCAACAUCGCAUCACUCAAUUUGACAAUAUUAUUUGUGCUGAAAUACCUAACCCCGAUCGUGAUCCUGAGCUUUACGAAAUUGUUAAAAGUAAUAUGAUAGAUGGCCCCUGUGGAAGUUUAAACCGAAAUUUUCCAUGCAUGAAAGAUAAUUCGAGCAGCAAACGUUAUCGUAAGGCUCUUAUUAAGGAAACUCAAACCGGUGAUGAUGGUUAUCCGCAGUACAGGAGACGUUCUCUGGAUGACGGUGGAUUCUCUGUCAAUAUCAAGGGUGUUACAAUAGAUAAUCGUUGGGUGGUUCCUUAUAAUCCAGUGCUAUUAAGAACAUGUAAUGCUCACGUGAACGUAGAUUAUUGCCAUUCAGUGAAGUCAAUCAAAUACGUUUGUAAAUAUGUUAAUAAAGGGUCAGAUCAGGCUACGUUUACUUUAGAGAACGGGAAGGAUGGGAAGGAUGAAAUUACAACCUACGCAAGUGGUCAAUAUAUAAGUUCAGCUGAAGCAGUUUGGCGAAUCCUUGAAUUCCCAAUACAUGAGCGUUUUCCUCCUGUAUUGCACCUUGCUGUCCAUUUAGAAAAUGGACAGAGAAUUUAUUUUAAUGAGCAGAACUUGUGCGACAAAUUGAGUAGUCCUCCUACAACUACACUCCUCUCCUUUUUCGAUCUGUGUAACGUGGAUGACUUUGCAAAAACAUUGCUAUACUCGGAAGUCCCUGCGUAUUACGUUUGGGAAAAGUGA